AUGGCCACCAUUUCUGGAGCUUCCCCACGCCGAGACGUCCUAUCGGGUUCCAUGUCACCCGAGACUCCUUACGAUGGCCCCGGAUUCAAAUCUGAGUUACCCUUCUCAUCUCACCUAUUGUCAAGGACAAAUGUGGCAGGCUGCUCGAUCCCGUCUUCCUUGUGCUUCAGCCUGGCGUCCGAGGUCCAUUUACUGGUUGACUGCCGAUUAGCUUCCGUUGAUUUUUGCAAUGUCUUAGCCAAUCAUUUUAUUCGGACUAGAACAAUAUUCUACUACAACGAGGCGGCGCAAGCCAAGUUCCAGCAAGAGAAGCCUUGGGCCAAUGAUCCUCACUACUUCAAGCGCGUUAAGAUCUCUGCUCUCGCGUUCCUCAAGAUGGUAGUCCACGCGCGAUCUGGUGGUACCAUAGAGGUGAUGGGUCUAAUGCAAGGGAAGACUGACGGCGACGCCAUCAUUGUCAUGGACGCCUUUGCUUUGCCUGUUGAAGGGACUGAGACUAGGGUUAACGCUCAAGCGGAUGCCUACGAGUAUAUGGUCGACUAUUCCCAGACCAACAAACAGGCUGGUCGUUUGGAAAAUGUUGUUGGAUGGUACCAUUCUCAUCCCGGGUAUGGGUGCUGGCUAUCUGGUAUUGAUGUUUCAACCCAAAUGCUGAAUCAACAGUUUCAAGAGCCCUUCCUGGCAGUUGUAAUCGAUCCAACAAGGACUGUUUCAGCUGGAAAAGUUGAGAUUGGAGCUUUCAGGACAUACCGUGAAGGAUAUACGCCUCCCGAUGACCCCAUCGCUGAAUAUCAGACAAUUCCUCUCAAUAAGAUCGAAGACUUUGGUGUGCACUGCAAACAGUACUAUCCAUUGGAUAUAACUUAUUUCAAGUCCUCUCUUGAUUGUCACCUCCUGGAUCUGUUAUGGAAUAAGUACUGGGUAAACACCCUUUCUUCUUCGCCUCUCUUAGGUAAUGGAGAUUAUGUUGCAGGGCAAAUUUCGGAUUUAGCUGAAAAGCUGGAGCAACCAGAAAACCAAUUGGCUCACUCUUGCAUCGGCCCACUAGGACCCCCUCGAAAGAAGUUGCAGGAAGAAUCUCAGCUGGCUAAGAUUACUAGAGAUAGUGCAAAGAUAACUUUGGAGCGAGUCCAUGGUUUAAUGUCACAGGUCAUCAAGAACAUUCUUUUCAACUCCGUACGGCAGUCAAACAAGUCCCAUGGUUGAAAGACCAGUUUUUGCAAGAAGGAAAUACGUAUAUACGGGAUUCCUUGGGGUGGGAGGUUCACCAUUGAUCCGUUGCAAACUAAGCUUUUUGCCAAAUUCUGUGUUAAUUUAUGCAUGUUUGUUGAAGAGGUCUUAGUACGGCAUUGAAUUCAAGUAGUAGCUUAAAACAUCGGUUUC